GCAUGCGAAAUAUUUGUCGAUAUGUUAGUCGAAGGUACUUCACGGUACUGAAGUAUGUCCUUAUAGUCGGGUGUUUCUACGUAAUGAUAUCUGUUUUUGGACCCGUAGUGCAAAAUAUGGAAUACCGACGGGUUGGUCGGUUAGGUAGUGAGUCGGUAUUUUCUCACCAUGUUCCAGACUCUAGGUCUUUUUUCUUUGUUGCAGGAGUAAUCCGUGAUGGUAAAGAUGGCGGUACUGUGGCGAAAAACGGUCUGGUUCCUGAGGAUCCAUUCCUGAAAUUCAGAGGAAAACCUAAGAUAAAUUGGGAAGAUCGGGAUGCAUACGAAGCUGAUCAAGAACGGGUUGGUCCAGGUGAGCAGGGAAAGCCAGUUUCCGUUCCGAAUGAUACUCAAAUUCAACAGGAAGCGUUGGCGUUGUAUCGAGCAAAUGGGUACAAUGCCUACAUCUCGGAUAUGAUUUCACUGAAUCGAUCAAUAAAAGACGUCCGUAAUCCAGGAUGUAAGACCAUGGAAUAUAAUUCCGAGUUACCUACCGUUUCUGUUAUAUUUCCUUUCCAUGAAGAACAUAACUCUACUCUCCUGCGCUCUGUGUACUCGAUCAUUAACCGAUCUCCGAAGCAGUUGUUGAAGGAAAUAAUAUUAGUGGAUGACUUCAGUGAAAAACCAUUCCUGAAAAAGCCUCUUGACGACUUUAUCGAACGUCAGGAUUUUAACAGUAUUGUUAAAGUUCUUAGAACGAAGAAACGAGAAGGCCUUAUACGAGCCCGUCAACUCGGUGCCGAAAAAGCGACUGGAGAUGUUUUGGUAUUUCUGGAUGCUCAUUCAGAAGCUAGUUAUAAUUGGCUACCUCCAUUACUCGAUCCUAUAGUCACAGAUUACAGAACGGUUGUUUGUCCUUUCGUCGACAUUAUUGAUUGCGAAACAUAUGAGAUUCGGCCACAGGAUGAAGGUGCAAGAGGUUCGUUUGACUGGACUUUUAACUAUAAGCGACUACCUCUCACGAAGAAGGACCGAGCAAAUCCUACGAAGCCGUUCCCAAGUCCUGUAAUGGCUGGUGGAUAUUUUGCAAUCUCGUCCAAAUGGUUUUGGGAACUCGGAGGAUAUGAUGAAGGGCUUGAUAUUUGGGGCGGUGAGCAGUACGAACUAAGUUUUAAGGUUUGGCAGUGCCAUGGUCGAAUGGUUGAUGCGCCUUGUUCUCGCGUAGCACAUAUUUAUCGCUGCAAAUAUGCCCCAUUCAAGAACGCAGGAAUGGGUGAUUUCGUUAGCCGGAACUAUAAAAGAGUAGCUGAGGUUUGGAUGGAUGAGUACAAACACCAUCUUUACAAACAUCGACCUGCGCUGGAGGCAACUAACACUGGCGAUAUAUCGAAACAGAAGGCUAUACGAGAGCGUCUGAAGUGUAAAUCAUUUGAUUGGUUCAUGAAAGAAGUGGCUUUCGAUCAAGAUCUUUACUAUCCAGCAGUGGAGCCAAAGCCAUCUGCAAGCGGUGAGCUCCGAAAUAAGGGAACGAAAAUGUGUGUUGACACGAGGUACAAGCAAGUGAAUCAACGAUUUGGAUUGAGCAAAUGUGUUAGCGAUGAUCCGAAAGAAAUGGGAGAACAAAAUCUUCGUCUAACACGGUGGCAUGACAUUAGACCAGAAGGACGUUCCGUUUGCUUCGAUUGUUCGACUUCAGUUGAUAAAGCGCCAGUUGUUCUAUUCGACUGUCACAGCAUGAAGGGAAAUCAACUUUUCAAGUACUGGAUCGAUGAUGAAAUGAUUUUCCACCCAGUGUCAUCUUUGUGUCUGACAGCAGCUCCUGACGGUUCAGGCUUUCUCUACAUGCAACAGUGCGACAAUGAAUCUCUGUACCAAAAAUGGACUUGGCAGGUAAAUUAA